AGCAAACAGCUAGACUCAUCCCUAGUCGGAGGAAAGCUGGUCAGCUUUGGAAUCACUGUUGGAAGAGAUGGCGAUGAGCCUGGGUCCUUUGUUGUUGGUCUUCAUGCUGGGUCUGGUUGUGAUCCCUCCCACUGUGGCUCAGAAUGAAAUGUACAGACAUUUCCUGACUCAGCACGUUGAUGCCAAUCCACUUGGCCGGGAUGACAGAUACUGCGAAAGUAUAAUGAGGCAUAGAGAGCUAACCUCACCUUGCAAAGCUGUCAACACCUUUAUCCAUGGCAAGAGUAACAACAUCAAGGCCAUCUGUGGAAAUAAUGGAAGCCCUUAUGGAGGAAACUUAAGACUAAGCAACAAUCGCUUCCAGGUCACCACUUGCAAGCACAAAGGAGGGUCUCCCCGGCCUCCAUGCAAGUACCGAGCCUCUAAAGGGUNCAGAUAUAUUGUUAUUGGCUGUGAGAAUGGCUGGCCUGUCCACUUCGAUGAGUCUUACAUCAGUCCAUAGACA